AUGGCCAAAGAGAGUGAGGAGAAGAAAUUUCUCGGCGUCUUCACCAAAACACAGUUUGGCCUGUUGUGUGCUGGCAUUGGCAUCUUGCUUCUCAUCAUUGUUAUUGUUCCUGUUGUAAUUGUAACAACACGUUCAGGCUCGUCAAGAACUUUUGUUCCUUCUUCUACUGAUGAAGAUAUGUUAGAAUUUCUGCUCCAAAAUGGAGAAAUUCAGGAAAAAGAUGCACUACUGGCUACGUGGUAUCAUGGUGCAAACAACAAAUCAGAAAUGAACAAAGCCCUGAAAAGUGAGGUCAUGAUUCUGGAGGCAGAUGUAACUGUGGAAGGAUACGGCACUGCUAACGAGACCAGUAUUCCAAUAAUGGCACAUCCGCCCGACAUCUACAGUGACAACACUUUGGAAGCAUGGCUUGACGCAGUGCUCAUGUCUAGAAAAGGUAUAAAAUUGGAUUUUAAAAGCAUUGAAGCAGUCGAGCCUUCACUGGAUAUUCUAAGAGCCAAAAAUCAGACUGGGAUCAACCGUCCAGUGUGGCUCAAUGCAGAUAUUCUCAUUGGCCCCAAUGUACCAUCAUUCUGGCCUAAAAUUAAUGGAACUAGGUUUUUUGAGCUUAUUCAGCAGAAAUUUCCAGAUGUCACCAUCUCUCCAGGCUGGAAGGUGCUCUAUCUGCCUUUUGUGCCCAACGCAACAUACACAGAGAGCAUGGUUAAAGAAAUGUAUGAAGCAGUCCGACACAUGCCACAGAAAAUAACUUUCCCUAUCCUGGCAGUCAUGGCCAAGGAUGGAUGGCCACACAUCAGCUGGUUGCUUAGCCGGUCUUCCAGGUUUAGUUUGACGCUGUGGCAGGGAAGCGAGAACCCAACCGUGAAUGACUUACUCUUCAUCCGUGACAACAGCAACCCCCAGCGUGUCUACUAUGACAUCUAUGAACCUGUGCUCUCCCAAUUCAAAGAGGCUGCAAAGCAGAGGAACCGACUUCGACGUUUCUAUCCUGGUGGGGAUAUCGUUGAUUAUUUCAAGCCGAAAAAUAACGACGGCCUGCACAUUCAGUGGAAAACUGUUACUGACAGGGCAUCUCUGGAGACACUGCUGACAGAAAGUUCCAAUGCAAUGCUAGUAAUUUCGGUGGUAUCUGGGACGAAAUGGCCAAGGAACCCUGUGGUGGAAGGUUCCAAUCCAGAGCUGUCUCUUCAGGAAUGUCUGGAGCUGAUAUUGGCCUCAAAUAAGCAAUGGGGAAUCUAUCUGCGAGUCAAAUCUCAGAAUCAGCUGGCCUCCUCACUCCACCUGCUCCGCCAAGCUUAUGACAGGGAUCUACUGCACCACCCAGUCUGGCUAAACAUGAACGUGUCCCAUGGAGACUUCCACACUCGGGGUUACAUAACAGGGCAGAAGUUCCUGAGCACAGUAAAUGAGAUCUUUCCGUACGUGACACUGGCCCCGAGCUGGCCUCAGGAGGCCCUUGGCCGUGGUUAUACGCCACGACUUGUUGAUAGCAUGGUGCAGCUUUUCCAAAAGACUUGGCAAGACAUUUCGUUGCAGCUGCAAAAAGCUUAUCUGGAGAAGUCAGAUACCAGUUUUCAACACCUCCUCCAAGCACAGAAACGGUUCUCCAUCACUGUGGAGCGGGGGGCAGAAAAAGGUAUCCAUCAUGCUGGAGUCCUCAGUUCUGCAUUUUUACAUGAAGGAAACCCUAGGAGGUUCUACAUCAUGUGA